CAACGUCUCAAGAAUCAAGCGAUUGUGUAAACAAAACACUCGACGCAAACGUGCAACAAUGCUGCUCCUACUUGCAGCAAGUCUACUUGUGUGUACGACGACCGCCCAAGUGGUCGGAGAAGGGAAAACGCUCGCUUUCGUCAUCAACACUGAUGUACCUGUUGCUUCGUUGUCUGCAAUUCCUUCGAUUAUCAAUUCUGCGUACGGGGAAGCUCUAUCGUCUACCAAGAGCGUUCUGUUGAGCACGUAUAGCAAAUACGGCGCCAAUUCCGCAAGGACGUUCAACGUGGGAGAAUUUCGUCGUAACUUACUGACGGUGUUACUAUUUUUGCGACGGUCAAGAGAUGAUGUUUUCCCUUGUAUUGACAGUUUGGGAUCAGCCCUCGAUGAUAUUGCCUCCUACCUUGUUUCGUCAGAAUCUACUCUGUGGCAUCUGACAAUAGUCACGGACAGAUUUGAUUCGUCUAUGGACAGUGCUCUCAAUCUUGCUAAUUCUAUUGCAAACAAUACCAACGCUAUAACCGUUAUUAGAUUGGCGUCUAACGCCACGUGGACUGAAGGUGAGACGUCUCAAUUGGAUGCCAUCUCUCGUGCUGGAGGCGUGGUCUUUUCUUUGACGUCACAAAACAUACCAACUGUUGGAUAUUUCCUUAGGUUGGUUACAACUUUUGAAGGGGAUAGAAUAUUGCAGGAGUCGUUGUCUCGUGGUAGCUCCAAUAUUUCAUUUCUUAUUGUGGAUUCUCAUAAAUUUUUGAAGAUAGUCGCAAUUGGGGACUGUGAUGUUACCUCCGUUCUAAGAGACAAUAGGCAAUUGACUGUUCCUAUGAAGUCUUCUCAAGGGAUGGCGCUGGUUUGGAUUAUCCCAUACUUGAUCAGUCCGGCGCUUUACACUAUAAUGGUGACAACAAGAACGAGAGCAAUGCUUACUGUAUCAGGAUUGCCGUCUACAUCUUUCAAAUUCAGAUUCUGUGAGGACAUUGGUGAUCUCUGUAAUUUUCAAGAAUUGUACAUUGCUCCUGUCACAGGUGUUUCAUACUUCAUUGCUCUGCAGUUGGAAGAAAACUAUCAAAAGAAAUUGCAACAAACAUCUUUGCGAGUUAGCAGCCGUAGUAAUACACUUUUGCAGACAUUUAAACUCUCUUCAAGCAAAGGCAUCAUACACACAAACGGCAAGCUGGAAGUGGCAGGUUUUUCCUUUCUCUUGGAGUUGGUAGUUCCAGCUGGGUUUACUCCCAUAUCACCGGCAGUUGUAAAUCCGGCAGUACUCAGUGCUCCCAUAGGACUAAAACAGUCCAAUGAAGUUGUCUUUAAGGAAGGAGAUCCUCUUCGCAUUCACUGCCACACUACAAGCCCUAUAAAAUUGACGUCAUAUGUCUGGCACACACCAAACGAUGUUUCACAAGAAGCGAAGGAAGUGCAACGAAAGGAAUUGUUCUUUUUGCCUAUUGCUAACAGGUCACUUGCAGGGAUGUACACUUGUGUUGCCAAUAAUUCAUUCGGCUCUACAGAGGUCAAGAUUCAAGCUAAUGUAGAAGGGAAACCUAAUGUUCAAAGUCGCAGUCUUGCUGUAGCAGUCGUUGAUGACAAUGUGCUUCUUGAAUGUGAUAUCAGUGGGUAUCCACAGCCAGUAGUAAACUGGUUAAAGAAUGGUUCACCAAUAAGAAUUACCCCUUGGAUGUCAAUUCUUGCCAAUGGAAGUUUAAUCAUCCGUAUGUCCAGAAAAUCAGAUGCUGGCAUGUAUAUGUGUAUAGCACACAACAAGUUUGGUACAGAUAAUGCAACCGUUGAGUUGAUUGUUGAAGAGAGAUCAGGCCACAUUUCUGUGGUUCCUGCAGUAGUUGGAGAUUCUCUUUACUUUGAGUGCAAGUCUCAAAGCUUGAAUGGCACGGUCACUUGGUGGAAGGAUGAUGUACUACUGCUCACCGAUGACUCACGUUAUGAUGUUUCACCAACAGGCACCUUAAAUGUGACAAAUGCUCAACUUGAGGACAAUGCUUUGUUUUCAUGCGCUGUGCAGUCUCCACUCGGAUCAUUUUCUAAAAGUUUUGCUGUUUUGCUUCAAGAAUUGCCGCUCAUUUUGCCUGUGGCUACGCUUAUCACUGCAGCCAUUGGUGAGUCAGUUACUCUUCGCUGUCAUGCAUCUGGGUAUCCGAUACCAAUUUAUCAAUGGAUGAGAAAUGGAAGCAGCUUGUCAUUGUCUCGAUACGUACAGCUGUCAUCUGGUGCUCUGAUGAUAGAAAGCGUUGAAAGAAGUGAUGGGGGUAACUACACAUGUACAGCUCGUAACUCAGCUGGUACAGAUUCUCAAAUUUGGACUGUUGCCAUACAAGGUCCUCCAAUUUACGCUACGAACAGAUUUGAGAAAGUUGUAGCAAUUAAUGGAUCAGCAGCCUAUCUUAACUGUCCCAUUGUUGGGUCACCUCAACUAGACUUUACGUGGAAACGCUUCAAUGUCUUUACAAGCACAUUAAGCAAAUACAGUCAACUUUCUAAUGGCUCGUUAGUUAUUCCACGUACUGUUUACUCUGAUCGAGGAAUGUACACAUGCAUUGCUCAAAAUCAAUAUGGAAUUCUGACUCAGGAGGUGGAACUUGUUGUUGAAGCUGCACCUACUGACCAUCCACUAACUGAGAGGUUUGCAGUGCAAGGAAGACCUUUUAAACUUAAGUGCCCUAUUUCUGCUUUUCCUGAACCAGUAAUAGAGUGGUCUAAACACAGUGACCUUAGCGACACCUCUGGUCAGAUUCUAAGUGGUUCUUCAAAUGCAAAGUUAAAGUUUGAGUCUGUUGUGGAGUCUGAUGGUGGUUUGUAUAAAUGUUUUGCAACUAAUUAUCUUGGAUCAGGAACUGCAUGGAUGAAGGUCAUUUUGCAUGUUCCUCCUUUUGUUCCUCCAUGGCCUGACAAUGUGAAGACUUUGAAUAUUCCUAUUGGAUUCACAUUUUCUCUUCCAUGUGCUGCAUCAGGAUUUCCAUUGCCAACUGUUUAUUGGCGGAAAAAAACCACAGCUGGUACUAACGAUACAGAUACGGAUACUGUGAAAUUUUCUCCAUUUGUCUCUGAAUUGGCUGGCAAGUACACAUGUAUUGCUAAAAAUGCUGUUGGCAAGGCCACAAGAAGCCUCGAACUACUUGCUAUGGUUGAUGAAAAUGAUGAGAUGUUUAGUUGGAAUUCUUGGUCAGACUGCUCAAAAGAUUGCAAAGGUGGAGUACAGACUCGAUCAAGACGCAUUUCUGCAAGUACACAAGAAGAGUCAGAUGAUUGCUUACCUGUUGAAGAAUUAUCUGGAGAUUCUUCUGGUGGAUCGCUUGAAGGGUCAUCUGAAGGAUUACUUGAGGGUUCAUCUGAAGGUUCACUUAGUGGGUCUGGAUUGCUUGACGGGUCAUCUGAAGGAUCUUUUGAUGGACCUUUAAAAAGGUCAGUAACCGCAAAAUCAAAACGAUCAUCAGGACAACCCAACUGUUCAAGCAGUGCCUCAAAUGUAGAAACAGAAUCACGGCCAUGCAAUGAACAAUUUCCAUGUGCUGUUGAUGGUGUUUGGAGUGAGUGGAGUAGGGGAACGUCAUGCAGUGUGAGCUGUGGAAGUGGCUUGCAAUGGUUAUUCAGAGACUGUAACUCUCCACCUCCAAGUUUAGGUGGAAAACAUUGUCGUGGUGAAACCUCAGAAACCAAAUUGUGCAGUGACGCUGCUUGUCCUGUGGAUGGUGGCUGGAGUGACUGGAGUUCAUGGACAAGAUGCACAAAAUCUUGUGGCCAUGGUGGUACUCGGGUGAAGAAAAGAAAAUGUGACAAUCCACCUCCUUUAAAUGGUGGGCAGCAGUGCUCUGGAUUUGACAAAGAUGAGGAGAUUUGCAAUGACCAAAACUGUCCAAUUGAUGGUGACUGGAGUGAGUGGCAGGCUUGGACAGGCUGCAGCAAGUCAUGCGGACGUGGAUUCAAAACAAGAUAUCGAUUUUGUGACAAUCCUGUACCAGACUAUGGUGGUAGCCAAUGUGUUGGUUUUUCAUCAGAUUCUGCACUUUGUAAUACUCAGCUCUGUCCUGUUGAUGGAGAAUGGAGUCCAUGGCAACAAUGGUCAUUUUGUUCUAAAACUUGUCUUAGUGGUAGUCGUUCUCGUGUCAGACAUUGCAACAAUCCAGCACCUAAAAAUGGUGGUUUAGACUGUCCAGGAUUCCACACUGAUUCUGAAGUAUGCAACAGUGAUCGUUGUCCAGUUGAUGGUGGAUGGACUAACUGGUCUGAAUGGUUCCUGUGCUCACACUCAUGUGGUGGUGGCUUGCGUUCUCGUUUUCGGUGGUGUACCAAUCCAGCCCCUGACUAUGGGGGAAGGUUUUGUUCAGGACAUAGGUCUGAGGAAGAAGGUUGUAACUCUCAGCCUUGUCCAGUUGAUGGAAACUGGGAAUCAUGGCAAUUGUGGAGUCCACGUUGCACGGAUGAUACUUGCAAUGGAGGUAUCCAAACUCGCCGUCGAAGAUGCAACGAUCCAAAGCCAUUGCAUGAUGGUAAAACAUGUCCAGGGUUUUCCUACCAGCAUCGUCCUUGUGGAGGUCUUCUAUGCCCUGUGGAUGGCAAGUGGAGUGACUGGAGCAGCUUUACUGUGUGCUCUAGAACAUGUGGUGGGGGAGAAAGGGUACGAUUUCGACGUUGUGAUGAUCCAAGACCAUCAAACAAUGGACAGUACUGUUGGGGGAAUUACCUAGAAAAAGAAUCGUGUCGAACGAAUGCCUGCCCAGUGGAUGGUCAGUGGUCUCUUUGGUCUGGUUGGCAAGCUUGCUCUGUAAGUUGUGGAGGUGGCACUCAUAUCCGUGUAAGAGCAUGUGACAACCCAAGUCCAUUGCAUGGAGGGAAUCCAUGUCCUGGAAUUCAAACAGAGAGCAAAUAUUGUAACACCAACCGCUGCCCUGUACAUGGUAAUUGGGGAAGCUGGAUGUCAUGGUCUUUCUGUCCGCGUACUUGUGUUAAUCCUGGACAGUCUUCAUCAGUUCAGCGUCGAACAAGACAGUGCAACAACCCAGCGCCUGACUUUGGUGGGAAGGAAUGUCCUGGGACAAACUUCCAAGAUCAGAGAUGUGGAUCGACUCGUUGUCGUUCAUAAUGUUGAACUAUAUUAUUUCGUUGAAUUGAUAUGAGGCAGACAUUGGUAGUUUUGUGUAGCAGUUGUCAGUGCUCUAAAAUUGUUUUAUUGACUGGUGACUUCUUCAAUAGAUGUUCAUGGUAAAGUGAGA